AUGACUUCUGCAAUCUUGCCUCACCUGCGUGCGCCGUUUCGUCUUCUGCGUAACUAUCUGCCCACGACACGUCCAUCGUCUCAGCCACGUCACGCCUUCUCAACUGGUUCCGGAUCUUUGCUAGCCGGUCAUACCUCAAGCAUCACUUCACGAGCGAUCGGAUACGAGAAACAUGGUGACCCAUGUGAAGAGGGGACUCUGGAUGUGCGCGAGUACGAACUACCUCGUUUGCAAAAGGGUCAACUGAGGCUUAGGUUCGAGAUGAGUGCUUUGAGUGAGUGGUAUGGCGCCUUUCGUGUCCGAGCUUGGGAAGGCGUGCAUGCUUCGAAGAUGCUGAGCAAACUUUUUGUUUUGUUUGGGGUUCGAAUGCGGUUAGAUCCGGCUGAUAUCGUUAGUCUGACUUGCUGCGGUGUUUAGGCUACUUUGUCUGAUCAAAACUGCUUCACAUACCCACCUUCACGUAGAACGUCAUACAAGGGGUAUACCCAACUAAACCUACCGCUCAAACAAUCAAUGGGAGCACGUUCACGGUCAUGGGGAAUGAAGGUACCGCUAUCGUAGAAGGUUUCGAGGAGGACGGAAAAGUCGAACACGAAUUCAACGUCGGAGAUCGAGGUGAGCUUCAAUUUUUUGGUGACGACCUUUGCUUGUUACAAGGCAGUUGGAAGGCUGACAGGAUUAGGGUGUUGAAUUGUUUCGAUGUCAGUCGUUAUGGCCAAGGCGCAGAUGGGUACGUUUGGGCUGUCCGCUUUCGAGGGGGAAGAACUCUCUUUUUCAUUUCCGCCUUCGUCGUUCGGGUUCCGAUCCUGAUCCUCAUCCCCGCCGUUACCUAUCAUCUAAUCACAAACGUCCAACACCCCCUGAUCUCGUAAACAGGAACAUGGCAAACCCACCUCAACGCCUUCCCCUCCGAGUUAAUCCGACUGCCUUCUUCGAGCCAUAACACGACCUCAGCGACUCGACUGACCGCGUCCCAAGCCGCAACGCUCUGCAUCAACCCUCCGACGGCAUUCCGGAUCCUAUCGGACAACUUGUCGAUCAAUCACGCCUCGUCCUCUGAUCGAUCACAAUGGCUCAUUCAGAACGGUGCCAAUUCGGCGGUCGGGCAAAGUGUGAUUCAAUUGGCUCGAAUUUGGGGAAUCAACACGAUCAACCUCGUUCGAGCGAGGAGUACGCAACACGAAACUGAGAGUUUGAAGAAGGACUUGAAAUCGUUAGGCGCUGACGUCGUUUUGACGUACGAUGAGUUUUUACGAAAAGGUGGACCGGAGGAAGUUAAGGUUCUGGUUGGGAAGGAUGAAGGUGGUCGGCUCAAGUUGGCGUUGAAUUGCGUGGGAGGGGACGAGAUUAAAGGGAUGUUGAAGGUGUUGGAUCGGGGCGCCAAUUUGGUCACGUAUGGUGGGAUGGCGAAGAAGGGGUUGACUUUGUCGCCGAGCAUGUUCAUCUUCAAGGAUUUGACCGCGUACGUCCUCUUCUGCGUCCGUUUUUUUCGGAUCGUGGCGUGGCGCUUACGAUUAAUGACUGAGACGGGGUCGUUUUUUGGGGGCUUUUUACAGUAAAGGGUUCUGGCUUUCUAACUGGGUCAAGCAACAAAACGACAAUGGCCAAGCCCGUCUCGAGAUGAUGCACCAACUCGUCUCGUUCAUCGAAGCCGGGCAAUUCGUCACGCCCAAAGUCGAGAUCGUCUCCUUGGGACCCAAAAGUGGGCUCAGUAUCGAGGAAGCCAAGAGUCGGGUGAGGGAAGUCAUGAAGCGGCAGAUGGAGGGUAGGGCCAAGAAGGUUUUGUUCGAAUUCGAGUGA